AUGAUCCUUAUAUAAAUACUAGAGACAGGGGGCUCCCAGAUAAUAACGAGCCACGAUUCUAAUUAGGAUCUUCUUCUAAAUCAUAAUUUCGCUUGACGUUGGAUCUUCGAUCCUGCGUUAACCGUGAGUAUGGAGCUGGACGAUUAUUACGAAACAAUCUACAAGAGGGACAUAUUUAUGUUCUUGUUUGGACUAGCCGCGGGUUUCAUGUUCGGCGUGGCUUUUAUGCUGGAUAACCCUUCAACCGACUACUACUCUGUCAAUCUCACCGGCAUCACCGCUUCGUCACCGACCUCGCCGCCGGCGUUCAACUUCACUCUCCACGUCGAGAACAAAGGUUUGGUGUACGAAAACUGCUUCAGCCACGGGCAAGCGGCCGUGUCGUACGCCGGCGUUGUCAUCGGAGAAGGUCCUGUGCCGGGCGUGUGCGCAGAGCCGGGAAGGAAGGGAACAGCGGAGGUGACGGCCCUGGCGCACGGCGGCGAAGGAGGAGCGCCGCUGCCGGACAGCCAGAGGAAGCGCCUCGAGGACGAGAUGCGUCGGGGAUCUGCGGAGUUUGACGUGGAAGCCAAGCUGUUCCGCGAUGGCCACAUAAGGGGCCCCGUCGUGCUGUGGUGCAAACUUGGACUGCAAGAGUUGCAGCAGCCUUCGGAUUGUAAGUCUUUCACUGAUUUGGGACGCAGGGCCAUGGAGCAAUUUUGGAUAUGAACAUGCUGCGAUCUGGCCGAUCCUACACGCGUCUGUGAAACAAAUUUUCAAUCACCAAUUAUGUAUGCUUAAUCAGUUGGGAUGUAAAGUUUAAGUUUAUCUUGAACCAUUAA